AAUAAUCAGCCAUCUAGAUUUGCCAAUUAUUUCGGGCAAUCUAGGCUCCUUGACUGGAUUGUCAUGAUUAUUUAUUCUUAUCAAUAGUUAUUGAUAUCGUUUUCGCUAUGCAUGCUAGAACUUCGAGCUAUGCCUCGAUCACUGACUUCUUUCGCCCUAGCAAACCCAAAGGGCUGAGGUCUAGAGACCUGAGCACAACUAGGUUGAAUUUGCUGAAACAGGAGAUACAAACGGAUGCACAUCUCGUUCCCCUCAAGGAAUUUUACAUUCGGUUCACGACCGAUCCUGUAAAUGGACUGACCAGUGCAAAGGCAGCAGAGUUGUUGAAAUUCUACGGGCACAACGCACUGACGCCCGCGACGCAAUACGGGUGGCCUAAAGUACUUUUAAAAUCCAUGUGUACAGGAUUCUCCGUAUUGAUUUGGCUCGGCGCUCUACUGUGUUUGGGCGCGUACCUCCUCGAAGCGUCAUCGAAACCGAACCCGAGCCGCGACAACUUGUACUUGGGAUGCGUCCUCGUAGCUGUUGACGUCAUUUGCGGACUUUUCAGCUUCUUUCAGAACUACAAAAGUUCGAAGAUAAUGAAAACUUUCAACAACAUGAUUCCCACAAACGCCCAGUGCACUAGAGAUGGCGUGCUGAACGUCGACACCAAUGUCAGGGACCUAGUGAGAGGAGACUUGGUCCGCGUGCAAGCCGGGGACAUAGUGCCGGCGGACAUUCGGGUCAUAGACAGUAAAGGUUUCAAAGUAGAUAACUCAUCGCUAACUGGCGAGUCUGUAGCAGUAUGUCGCAGUAACUCCGAAGGCACUGCCAACAUACUAGAGUCCCCUAAUGUCGCCUUCUUUUCUACGCAAUGUGUCGAAGGUUGGGCUACAGGUAUCGUCAUGUGUACUGGCGAUCUAACGGCAUUAGGUCGCGUAGCUGGCCUAGCCACCAGAAUCCAGCCCAAACCGUCCCCCCUAUCCGAGGAGAUAUCCCGAUUCAUGCGCUACAUGUGUAUCUGGGCGUUGGGCCUGGGUGCAUUCGUGGCGUGCGCGUCGCUGGCGCUCGAUUAUCCGUUCAUGCAGACCAUCAUAUUCGUUAUUGGAAUCAUUGUUGCCAAUAUACCUGAAGGAUUGCAACCAACAGUGACAGCAUCUCUAACCCUAACCGCCCAGCGCAUGGUCAAGAAGAACUGCCUUAUAAAGAACCUUGACGCCAUUGAAGCUUUAGGAGCCUGCACUACCAUAUGUUCGGACAAAACUGGCACCCUUACUGAGAAUAAGAUGUGCGUGUACGAUGUGUGGACGUGGAACAAAACACUGACAGUAUCGCAAACGUCAUUUGAAGAUGCUUUGCGCAACAAUCAAGCUAACGCUGCUAUAAUCAGAUGUGGAGCCCUAUGCAGCAGGGCCACAUUCAAAGCCGACGGCACCAUCCACGGAGACGCUUCCGAGUCCGCCAUCUUGGAUUUUGUUAAUAAACACGGUGACCCGGUGUCUUUGAGGAACCAGCAUCCUAAAGUCGCGGAGAUACCUUUCAACUCUACGUAUAAAUACCAAGUAAGUGUGCACUUGGAUAAAAAUACUUCGCGAUAUUUAGUUCUAAUGAAAGGAGCUCCAGAGAUUAUUAUAGCUCGGUGUAACACAAUAGCUAUGGAGAAAGAUACAAAGACCUUCACCCGAGAAAUGAAGGAAAGAGCAGACUCUGCUGGAAUCGAAAUGGCCAAAACUGGUAAAAGAAUUCUUGCGUUAGCCGACCUAGUUUUGGAUGCUAGUAAUUUUCCACUGAAUUAUAAAUUCGAUGCCGAAGAUGUUAAUUUUCCUGUAGACAAAUUACGUUUUGUAGGAAUCUUGGGACUAAUGGAUCCACCAAGAAGAGAGGUGCUAUCAGCCAUUCAGCGCGUCCGUGCAGCAGGCGUACGCGUAAUGAUGGUGACCGGAGACCACCCUGAAACCGCGCGCGCAGUGGCAGGCGAGGUCGGCAUAGCCACGACCGCGUGCCACGUGAUCACGGGCGCGGAGCUGCGCAGCAUGACUCCCGACCUGCUCGACUGGACCAUCGACAAAUACUAUGAAAUUGUUUUUGCACGAACCUCACCCACUCAAAAGCUACAGAUAGUGGAAGCAUGUCAACGGCGAGGCGACAUAGUGGCGGUGACGGGCGACGGCGUCAACGACGCGCCCGCGCUGCGUCGUGCCGACAUCGGUAUCUCCAUGGGCAUCACAGGCUCACAAGUAUCGAAACAAACCGCUGAUAUAAUUUUAAUGGACGAUAAUUUCGCGACCAUCGUCACAGGAAUAGAGGAGGGGCGGAAGAUAUUCGAUAACUUAAAAAAGUCCAUUUGCUACAUACUCAUAUCGAAUGUGCCGGAAAUCUUCCCUGUGUUGAUGUUUAUCUUGUUUUCAAUACCACUGCCACUGGGAGUAAUGACAAUCCUAUGCGUGGACCUCGGCACGGACAUGUGGCCAGCCGUAUCCCUCGCGCACGAGCGCGCAGAGUCGGACGUGAUGGCGCGGCCGCCGCGCCGCGGCCAGCAGCUGGUCUCCGGGCGCAUGCUGCGGCUCGCCUACGGACACCUCGGGCUGGUCGAGGUGGCCGCCGGCAUGUUCGCAUACUUCGUGGUCAUGGCUGAACAUGGCUUUUUCCCCGAUGUUUUGUUUGGCAUACGAAGCGACUGGGACAACGAAGCCGUGAGCGACCUCCGGGACUCCGUGGGGCAGGAGUGGACGUACGAGGCGCGCAUGACCGUGCAGCGCGCCAGCCAGGCUGCGUACUUCGUGGCAGUCGUCAUCACUCAGAUGAUGAACGGCGUCAUUUGCAAGACGAGAUAUAACUCCAUUGCUCACGUUGGCAUGAAAAACAAGGUGCUGAAUAUGGGGCUCGUGGUAGAGCUGCUUGUUGCCUGCCUGGUAUGCUACUGCCCGGGCGUCAACGACUUUUUCAAGGCAUACCCUAUACGUCUGCGAUGGUGGUUCCUGGCGCUCCCCUUUGCAUUGUUUAUGUUUGUGUUCGACGAAUUCAGAAGAUACUGUAUAAGAAGAGAGUUAUUUGGUGGAUGGUUCAAUACGCUCACGUACUACUAAACAGCUAAGAAAAAAUAUAAAGUUAAUUAAAUUAGUAGGAAUAGGCAGGUUUUAUAUAAAAUUAAAACGAAACAUUCAAGA